UUUGAAACUUCCACCACCUCAUUUACGCUCCCACCCACAAACCAGAGAGAAGAGUCCGAGAGUUGAAUCAAUGGCGGAGGCGCAGAAGAACGACAGAGAAUCGCGCUGGACUCUCCGAGGCACGACUGCUCUCGUCACCGGUGGCACUCGCGGAAUCGGGCAUGCGAUAGUGGAGGAGCUGGGCGGGUUCGGUGCCACCGUGCACACCUGCUCUUGGAACGGGGAGGAGCUGAGCAAGUGCUUGAAGGAAUGGGAAGGCAAGGGCCUUGCGGUCACCGGGUCGGUCUGCGAUGUGUCUUCUCGUGACCAGCGAGAGAAUCUGAUGAAGGAGGUGUCUUCUAAGUUCGGUGGCGGGCUCAACAUUCUCAUUAACAAUGCUGGAACGAAUUUUAGGAAGCCAACUGUUGACUAUACAGUUGAAGAAUUUUCGAAAAUUAUGGCUACCAACUUUGAUUCUGCCUAUCAUCUUUGCCAAAUUGCUCAUCCUCUCCUGAAAGCAUCAGGAGCUGGUAGCAUUAUCUUCAUUUCCUCAGUUGCUGGGGUUGUCAGUUUAGGCAAUGGAUCUGUUUAUGCUGCUGCUAAAGGUGCAAUUAACCAAAUUACAAAGAACCUGGCUUGUGAAUGGGCAAAAGACAACAUUAGGAGCAACUCCAUAGCUCCAUGGUAUAUCAGGACCUCGCUUGUGGAAAAUCUACUGAAGAACAAGGAGUUCUACGAUGGGAUAAUAGCUCGGACCCCACUUCAGCGUGUCGGAGAACCCAGAGAGGUCGCGUCACUAGCAGCAUUCCUUUGCUUGCCGGCCGCAUCAUACAUCACGGGUCAGGUUAUCUCUGUUGAUGGAGGGAUGACAGUGAAUGGGUUUUACCCAACUGCGUCGUUAAAUUGAUCGGUCGGUCGAACCAAUUUGCUUUUCGAUGGCAUGGUCCCGACAAGGGACCCCGCUCUCUCCUCUCUCUCUCUCUCUCUCUCUCUCUCUCUCUCUCUCUCUCUCUCUCUCUGUGAACGUUGAUGUAAGAACCGCAAACCAGGAAUACUCUUGCUGGGACAUUUGUUUUCGACUUAGCUCCAGUGUUCCUGAAGUUUUCGUCCAUAACACUCUCUCUCUCAUGCUGGUUUUUAUUCAACCCUCGCGUUGGUAUCAAGAACUGCAAACCAGGAAUUCUCUCUA